UAAACAACAUCAAGUAAAUGGGCAUCCAUCACUAAUCCAUGCCCAUUUAGAGAAUGAAAUAAAUACUCAUACUCUACCCAAACCCUACUCCAAAACCUCGAACAUAUUAUGACUUUACUCAUACCCUACCCAUAAUCAAUGAGUUUACUUGGUUUUGAGUAAAAUUACUCAUAGAUGAAUAAUUGACGGUUUCAAUUGGGUUGAGCGCACCCGGGACUUCCCCAAUAAGACCUUUACUCCAUGGGGCUGCUUCGGGUCGCCAGGACGAACCCGCGGAUCAGUUGGAUCAAGGGUCUGCGCCGUGAGGAGUUUGCGGAGGCGGUAGAGGCUGAGACUCCUGUCGCUGAUGGAGUUCCACUGUUUCAUCCUUAUUUCAACCCGCUACAGUUCUUCCUCGGUUCAUCAUCAGCUGCACCGUCCGGCGACAGUUGUGUGGCCAUGGAUGCUGGCUUCGAUCGGAUUGAGACGCGCAUGGAUCAUGAGCGUGAAGCCCGCCGUUACUCUCUCCUACUGCAACGUCUGUGCUCGGUGGUGGCUGAUUUUGACACCGCCCAUACAUUCUGGCAUCCUUUGCAUACUUGAGAUGAUGAUGAAGAGGAUUGAGACCGCCCCUUGACCGCGGGCUCCAUGUGUUAUGUUUUGUGUCUUUGUUUUUGUGUGUCGAACUGGAUAUUUUUGUGUUUUAUUUUUCCAUUCUUUUGUUAGAAGCCAUGGGGCUGACAAUUGUUAUCCUAACUCUUACCUAGUGUGAGUGAUUGUGUUUUGUCUUACCAUGAUUCUCAGAAACCGGUGCUUCUUCCAGGCUGCUCAUGAUGGCUGGUCCCAUCUCCAGUCUGUUCUUCCCGGUAACAUCGUUUUCCCUAUUCUUCCCUCUUCUCCAUUGAGGGAAAUGUCGAUCUUAAGUGUGGGGGGUGUUUAUCUUUGACUGCUUAGUUGUGUUUGUGUGCUUGGAGCCUAGUCCACUGUCCAAAUUUUACAAUUUGAGGGCUCCAAGUACGUGUUCCUAGCAAUUUCCUGCUCUGUAUGAUUUGAAUUUACAACUUUUAUAGUACUAUGCAACCUAGGGAGGUAGUAGUAGCACUAUGGAGGAUGCUGAAGUAUAAGAUCUGUCGUAUCUUUCUCUUUGUUGUGCCGGUUGAUUGUGUGAACUAGUGGCUUUAGGACCUUUGAUUCAUGUGGUAUCGAUAACCCUCCUUGUGUUGUGUUGGACUCAUGUAUCGUAAAAGGGUGCUCAAUUGUGCGUAAUUAGAAGCAGUUGGUCCUCCAUGUUGGAAAUUCUAAAUUUGAAACAUGGGGUAAGCCCAACGUGUGUGGCGCCGUUCAUUGCAUAAUGUCAGGUUUUGGAAGAGAUUUUAGUGAUCCUUAGUGGGGGAGGCCUACAAGGUGAAACUAAGCCAUCUCUAGUACAAGUAAAAAUUCCACCCUUUGAACGUUUUGCCUACUUGAGGAUGUGUUUUUAAGGGCACGAAUAGAGCUUCUGGCCCCCCUCAAUUUCAUUGACCAGAUACACGAGUUGAGGAAAAUGAGUUAAAAGAAGUACUCUGGUGAGCGACAAAUAUACAGAAAUUGCUCUUGCUCAACAAAUAAGGGUCGAUCGCGCAUAAAAACUAUAGUUUGGAACCCCAACAAAGUGUCAAUGUGAAAAAACAAAAGAAAAAGAAAACAAUAGUAAGGGCACAAAUAGAGCUUCCGACGCCCCUCAAUUUCAUUGACCCUCUGCACGAGUUGAGGAAAAGGAGUUAAAAGAAGUACUCUGGCGAGCGACAAAUAUACAGAAAUUGCUCUUGCUCAACAAAUAAGGGUCGAACGCACAUAAAAACUAUAGUUUGGAACCCCAACAAAGUGUGAAUGUGAAAAAACAAAAGAAAAAGAAAACAAUAGUAAGGAAAAGGGGUUCCAAUGAUAGAAAUGGAAUAGAAGAGCACCCAAUACGAGGAGUCCUUGGUUGUUGUGUUGGAGCAGUCUCUUCAUCCAUGAAUUGCAUGUCUUAGGUCCACUACUUGGCAUGAUCCUGGCUUGAGUCUAGUACUCGCAUUGAGAGAGAUAUGGGAUGUCUUAGAAAAUUGGUUGACCUCGUAAGCUGCUAAAUGACCUAGGAAGUCCUCUAUCGAUGAUCCAAAGUUACGUGAUGGCCUUCAAAGUUACGGUUGUGACCAUAACAUUGCCAUUUGGCCGUACUCGGGGCCAUAUGAGGCAUAAUACAUUUCGGAGGUUAUG